CAACCCCAUACGGCCAUACCCAAUGGCUAGCCCUUGUCCCGCCUCCCAAUCAUAUGCCCUGCCGCUUUCUCCCCACCCUACUCCCUACCUGUUGCACCCUAUCCCCAGGAUAUCAUCAAACUCAUUGGAUCGAUGAAGCUGGCCGCCGCAUGCCCAUAGCGAAGAAGAUGGCCUUCUCUAGGAGCUCCGGUCUGGAUCUUCAUCGCCGCUUGAGAUUUAAGGUUGGAAGGGCAUCAGGGGUUGCGUACAAGUAAGAAGAAAGGAGGAGAAGAAGAAUAUAUAUGAGAGGAAUUACAGUGAAGGUGGGGAAGCAGAGUCAUGGUCGUCUUCAUCAACCCCUAGAAAUUGUCAUCACCUAUCGUUGUCGUCGGCUUGAGGCGUCAUUGACGCUAGAGCCUUGCCGUCAUCGUCGGAGGCAGUCAAUGUUAGAGCAUGCAGAGAGUGGGGAGGGAGAGCAAAUUUCUGUCCAUCGGAUAUGUUUUUCAAGACGUGACUUGCAAGUUAAAUCCCGGUAAAAGAAUUGGGAUAGGCCCAUUGCCAAAGUGAUGCUCUCAGAUAUGGAUGCAACAAUGAUGAUAGUGACGUGUACGUCGGCCUUAUUUUUCACGAUGGCAGCUUGACUCGUGUCGAAGAAAAAUUAAAUUUUGAACCUGUUGAAGAAGCACAACCAUUCACUUCACAUAAUUAUUCGGAAGACUUUCAAACUAAUAAAACUUGGACGGAUCGUGAGUCUAUGAUUAGUUGGGCUAGAGUAGAGGCCCAAAAGAGAAACAUGAUAUUAACUAUUGCAAAAUCGAGGCCAAGUAAUUCCCAAAAACUUGGUAAUGUACUACUCGCGUGUGAAAAAUUCGGUAAGUAUCGAACUGCAAAAAAAAUAGUCAAAUCACAAGGGGUGAAACAAGACAAAGGAAAGAAAGCAUCGAGAACAAAGAAAAGUGAUUGCCCUUUUGCAUUAUAUGGGAGGGAAGUGGAGCGGAAUUUAUGGCAAUUGCAGGUUAAUUGUGGAUUUCAUAACCACGCUAUUCCAACGAGCUUAUUGGGUCACGCAUUUGCUGGCAAAUUGACAAAGCAUGAGAUAUCUUUGGUGAGAGACUUAUCAGAGGCGGGGUGCAAGCCUAAGCCAAUUCUCCAAAGUUUAAAAAUGGCGAACUCCGAUAAUGUGACAUCUAGAAAGCAGGUGUAUAACGUAAGAUGUAAGCUUAAGAAGGAAUGGAAGGAUGGACGUACUGUCAUGCAACAAUUACUUCAUUUGAUUUCAAAAUAUGAUUACUUUGAGGCUAUUAGGUUAGUACCGGGGAGUGAAGAUUUACAUGACAUGAUAUUCGCGCAUCGAGAUUCACUGCAAUUAUUGCACCUCUUUCCUUAUGUUCUCAUAAUGGACACAACAUACAAGACAAACAGAUACAAGAUGCCGUUUCUAGAAAUAGUGGGAUUUACAUGUACGUUGAAGACAUUCUCUGUUGCAUUUGCGUGGAUGGGAGCCGAAAGCGCAAAACAUUACAUGUGGGUCUUAAAUGAAUUAAAGGUAAUAUGUCCUCGUUCACCAUUAGCCAUUGUGACUGACCGAGAGUUAGGUUUGAUAAAAGCACUCAGUGAAGUUUUCCCAGAAUCCAAGCAUUUAUUGUGCAUGGUGCAUGUCAAGCGUAACAUAGAAGAUAAAGCUUUAAAAUUGAGCAACAUGAAGACGGUUCAAACAUCCUUUUCAAAAGGAUGCAUGAAGUUGUUUAGUUCAACCACUGUUGAACAGUAUGAGGAGCAGUUGGAACAUAUGAGAUCGAAAUGGAAGGACAGUUGGGCGGUGGGGCCGGAUGAGAUAUCUUACUGAAAAUUGGUUAGACCCGUACAAAGAUCGUUUAGUGAGAGUGUGGACCGACCAUGUCAUGCAUUUUGGCACAAGAACUACUAACAGGGUGGAAUCUGCACAUGCAAUGUUAAAGCUACAAUUACCCACAUCUGUUAAGGGGUUUGACAAUGUUUUUGCGGAGAUAAACAACUUACUGAAUGAUCAGUUGGAUGAAGUGAAGGGAUCUUUAGAGUUGUCACGCUGCACCAUUCCAACGGUAUUGGAUACGAUGCCGACACUUAGUCAGCUUCAGUACAUGGUGUCAAAUGAGUGCAUGAAGGAGUUAAUAAGGAUGCAUGAUGAGGUCAUAGAAGGAAAAUAUGAUCCAACAUGCAAUGACUAUUGGUGGAGGGAGUGUUAUGGUUUACCAUGUCCACACAAGCUAACAACUUGUAUUCGUGAUAAUCGUCCACUACAUCCAUCAAUGGUACAUGAAUUGUGGAGAAAAGUUGAAUGGUAUGUAAAUAAGGAACAGGAGAAUGACAAUGCCGAUGAUAUAAGUGUUGAUGAUGUGGUCCUAAAAACAAUAGUUGAUGAGUUUCAAUCAGGUCGUAUGUCAGCACAAGAAAAAAAAAAGACUUCAUGCAAAAUGGAAUGAGAUGAAAAAUCCAAAACUUAAUACUAUGAAAGAGCCACCGAUUCAUGAAACGAAGGGAAGGCCAAAAAAAAAAAUCAACCACUCGAGACCCAAGCGCGUGGGAGUACACUGAGAAAAAAUACAAAAAAUCCAAAGGUACUAUAUCACAUCAUGGGCCUCGUGGACGUGGCAAGGAUAGUAAAGGGAAUCAAAAUCGAAUGCAGUUUAAUUUCGGUAAUGAUGUUGAGACAUUCAUGCUUGAGCAUAUUAGUAAAGUUGUGAACGUUAUUGGAGAUGGACAUUGCGGAUAUCGCUCAUUUGCAGAGCUUUUAGGAUGAGGAGAAAACGAAUGGGUUACCGUUCGAAGAGAGUUAGUGGAAGAACUAGAUCGUCAUCGUGGGUUGUAUGAUCCUAUAUGCCUUCUUGACACUAUUGAUGACUUGCGGGAGCAAAUAGACUACUACAUCAGUCCUGCACCACCCCGGCAUUGGAUGCACAUGCCGCACACAGGGAUGAUCUUUGCAAUGUUAUACCAGGUUAUUGUAGUGCAUCUUGACCUCCACGAACCAGUCACUUGUUUGCCCAUGAUCGCUCCUCCUGGUAGUAGUCCUCCGAAGACAAUUUUUUUCAUUGCUCGACUUCAUUCCCAAUAACACUACAUAGCUGUAAGCAAACAAUAUUUUAUAGUUCCAUUUUGUUUUCAC